AGUUCCUUCUUUGAAAAUAUGCUCCAGCGUCAUCGUUUACUGCUUUCAGAAUUGCAAAGCACUUUCGAACGAUUUUACAAGGUGUAAAGACGGGUAUUCUCAAGGUGGCGCAGCCAGAGUUCCUAGCAGCUUGCGAACGCACCACCACGUGGAAUUGCUUCCGGGAGAGCUAUCCUGUUGCCUGCUUCCGCUUUGUGGCCAUCUUUAGAUUUUUCAUUUCUUCUCAGCGCUCCAGUCUUUUCAGUAAAGGAGAGCCAAUCUGUGUGCGGCCGCGUCCGAAAAAAUGGUCGUCGAAUUGAUUUCGCAGUACCCUUUCUUGACUGGCUGCACUAGGGAUGACUACCUCGAUAUUGCGGUCUGGAAGUCCGUAGCUCUCAUAUGCUAACUUUCCUCAAAAAGACAUAUUUUUUGUUUGUGCUGUGUUGGCACUAUUGUGUUUCUUAAUUAUUUAGGUGUUUGUUUUUUCGUUACCCAUCAGUGGACGCGCCGGCUUUGCUCGCUGGCGUGGCCGUCUCCCAGCUUCUGCGUUGUCCAAUAACACCGGUGCUGUCUAUUUCUGCGCUCAUUUCGCAAGAAUCGCGGAGAGUUUCAUCUCUUUUGCCCGUAUCUUGUCGUUUUCUUAAGAAUCGAAGAGGCUAUCUUCGCUGCGACUUUAGCCUUUCUCGGUCCGCCCUUGCUGUUGAAUCUCAUUCGUGUUGGCAUUAUGGCGGGUCUGCUUAGCUCGUGCUGCGGUCGCGUGUACGCGUUGCUUCCAGACAGUGCUCAUCCGUCUGCACAGCAGAAGACGCCGUUUGGUGUCAACCGGUAUGUGCUACUGGUCAUCUACAUGAUCUAUGCAUUGCUAACGUCAUCUGUUUAUUUCGGAUGGCGCAGCAUGAGCGCAAUGCUUUUCAAAUCGGGACAGUUUUCGUGGGUAUGCACUGGAGAAAGCGCAGAUACCUCCCCGGAAGAGGGCGAGACCGAUUACCUCUGCGCGCUGCAGGACACCAAAGUGCAGUCGUUGUUCACUAUUGCCAUGGCGUGUCAUUUUACUUGCAGCGCUGUAGCCGGAUAUCUGCUUGAUACUGUUGGGCCUAAGGCUGUCGCUUUGCUGGGCCAGACGUUCAACGCACUGGCAUGGAUUCUCCUUGCCUUCUCUGGACCAAACUUCAGAUCUGUAUAUCCGGCCUUUGUCUUCAUGGGAGCUGGCGCAGACGUCAGUGUUUACCCGACGCUGCUGAUUGUGAAUCUGUUCCCCGGAUCAACUGCCCUAAUCAUGGCUACGCUAGGUGCAUGCAUUUCGCUGAGUUUCUUCGUUCCGCUUGUCUUGCGUACAAUGUGGGAAAGUACCGGCAUUUCAUUCGAAGCGGUGUGCAUCGGAUACGCUGUUGCGGGACCUAUCUUGUGUGCCGUCGUCGCUUUUUUUUUUAUUCCAUUCAAAGCGUUCAAGGGCGUGGACAACUUCUCAGCCUGUGUAGAGGCAGAGAAACUGGCGAAUUCGCCAACGGCCCAGUCGUCCCCGAAGGCGGUAGAUAGUCCCCCGUGUGAUGAAGGUGCAAGCUCCCGAGGCCGUCUCGCUGUGUCACACAACACCGAGCGAACAGCUCCUGAUGAUGAACAGGAAAAAGAUAACACAGAGAGGAUCUCGUUGUCCGAUUUGGCUUGUGACCCGCGUUUUAAGAAGCAGAAAGUUUCUUUCUCGUCGCAGGCAUUCACCUUUUUGUACUUCGGCAUCUGUCUGUACUUCACUGUAUGCGGAUGGGUCAUGGCGUACUACCAAGAAGCUGCCGGUCGCUUUUUGUGCAAUGACGCGGAGUACACGCUUGAAAUUUUGACGCCGCUCUCGACGAUUCCUUGUCUGCUCUUCGGCGUUGUGAUCAACCGCAUCGGCAUCAUGCCCGUCAUUUUAAUGCUGAACACCAUCGGUUUGCUAACAUACGUGUGUGUGGUGGCGGCGGAAAGCGUGGUGGCCCAGUAUUUCUCGGUUAUCUUCUUUUUCAUGUACAUUUCGAUUUUCACAACCCAGAUGUACGUGUUCGUCGAGUCGACGUUUGAUUCAGCGCACUUCGGCAAAUUGAUCGGCGUGGCGAGCCUAAUUGGAGGUCUGUUGUCGUUAAUAAGCAACGUCCUUUACGGGGAUGUCACCGUCGGCAUGCUAAACGGCGACACCCGGCCAGUGGUUAUCGCGCUUCUCGCGGUCAUCAUCCUCAUGUACCCGAUUUUGCUUGCCAUGAGGACAAAAAGGAAUCGGAAGAAGCAGAUGGAACAAGAAGACAUUCGCAGUCGCGUGCUGGAACUCAAAGCAGCACACGCUGCCGAUGCAGCAUGAAAAUAAGUCCCGCACCUGGCGCAUGCGUUGUGGCUCUUCAAUCGGCCUUCUGAGUAGGGUCGUAUUUGUGCAGUUAACAAUAAAAGCCAACUUGUGGGGUUAUUUGAUAUUCGCAUGAGUGAAACGACGAUGCAGAAACAGUUGGACCGGAGCAUAAAAAAGCAAAUGCUCUGUUCUUUAUCCUCCGACGCAGGUCGCUGCUGUCUCGGAAAGAAGACCAUUCAGGUUUUUAUGGAGCACAUUCACAUGGCGAUGCAUUGGGUGCAUGCUUGAAAGGGACCUUUGUACAAUUCGCAGAUCCAGCUAAAUAACCGCCUCAGUUGCCUUAGGCGCGAAAUCACAUAGACAUGCGAGAAGCGUAUGUGCUUCUAUGGCAGUUCGGAGAACGGUUACGGCCAAGUUAAACUGUGAUUAGUAUGUGACGUCGACGUUUCAGUGAAGCAUGACUGAAAAUGAGAUUCAGUUGUUAGUAGUGAAGAGGUAAUAUACAGGAGCGUGGGCCUCUAUAAUAAAUGACUAGAAACGUGGAAUAUUGCGAAUUGACGUUCAAAAGAGUAGGUUUCAAUCGCACAUUUUGACUGAUUCUACGUUGAGAUGAGACUUCACUGCGAUUCUGAGAUAUGAAUCCGUUUAGGAUAAAAUGAGGGCGUUGCUGAUGAUGGUUUAUCGGAUUUCGAUUCGUACGCUUGAAGCCGCCUGUUAGCAAAGUGAACCGGUAAGGCCAAACAACGAGUAAUCGUGCACUUCACUCGUCACAUGCUGGAAAAUGGUGGGAACUGUUUGGUACCGUGCGGAUCCUGUUUCUGGCAGCCUGAAGGCGUAUCGCAGUCAGGAAGAUGUGUACUCGCGCUGGCGAUUGUUUAGUCUCUCAUGGGAAUGGAGGCGAACGCAGCAUGCGUACAAACGUGGUCCAAGCAUCAUGCUUAAGCAGAGGGGCUUGCACUUUCGAAAUCGACGGGGCUGUCUGCCCCCGGAAACCGUUUUUCCUCUCUGAAAAAUGAAACCCCGAAACGAAAUACUGUUCUGGCGUCAGGAUG